AGGUUCGGGCUUUGGUUGUGAUAAGCCCACCUAGUUGCCUACUCGCAAAAUGCACCUCUCGGUCAAUUGAAUUCCUAAAAGACAACCACACGUCGGUGUGCAAAGUAGAGCUGUCCUUAUGUCGCUGACCAGAAUUGAACACGUCUGAAGCCAAAGUACCACCCGAAUCAUGAAGGGCGAUGACUUGGAAAUAACAACAUGCGACGCUGCUCACCGGCCCGAGCAAGAGAACAAUCAUGGCCGUUCCCAGUGCCUGGAGAAGCCCGGGGAUCCCACAACCUGGCCCCGUUGGCGAAAGUGGUCAAUAGUGAUCUGCGUUGCCUUGAUGUAUAUGUUGGCUAACUUCGGAACUAUCAUCAUCGUCCCAGCUGUACCAACCAUCCUCUCACACUUCCAUGUCUCAGGUAAUAUCUAUCAGCCCUUGAUUGUCUCCAUCUGGGAGUUGGGCGAAGGUGUGGGGUCAUUUGUAGUCGGACCGUUGUCAGAGCAGUACGGGCGCAACAUCGUCUACCAUGGCGGGAACCUUCUCUUUAUUCUCUGCUCCAUCGCAGCCGCGCUGAGCCAAAAUAUCUCCAUGCUGGUGGCCUUCCGCUUCAUGACCGGUAUGGCAGUCACCUCCCUCACCCUCGCUCCGAGCAUUAUCGGAGACCUAUUCGUCCAGGAGGAACGAGGGACCGCAAUGGCGGUGGCCAUUGCUCUUCCGUUAAUCGGGCCCUGCGUGGCCCCGAUUGUUGGCGGGUUCAUCAACAGCACCCUUGGCUGGCGAUGGACCAUCUGGAUUAUGGUGAUAGCUGUCGGUAGCAUAUCGCUAUUGUCCCUAGCUAUCUUCAAAGAAACCUACCGGUUCAAAAUCCAGCAACAGUCGCGAAAAUCGACAGAAAAGUCACAGGAUCGCAGCGACGGGAAUCACAAACACACAUCAUCUCGCAACCACUCUUCCGCACCUCGAGACACAAUCCUCAAGUCUAUCGUCCGUCCGAUGCGGCUACUCUUCUCUUCUCCAGUGGUGCUAGUCAUGUCCCUCUACACGGCGCUGACGUACGGUAUCUCCUACCUGAUCCUGACAACUCUGGCGGAGGUCAUGCAGAGAACGUACGGCUUCGGUGAUGGUCCAGUGGGCAUCACCUUUCUCGGUCGAGCAAUCGGCAACAUAAUCGGACUAUGCGUCUAUGGCCUGGUUUCUGACCGGUACGUUAGACGACGCCGCGCGGUAGAAGGAGAGUCGAAGCCAGAACAUCGCCUCCCGCUAAUGGUUUUCGGCACCACUAUGCUCCCCGUGGGCUUAUUAUUGUAUGGCUGGUCGGCCAACAAACACGUCCACUGGAUCGUGCCCCUCAUUGGUACCGGCAUCAUCGGGUUUAGUAUGCUUCUCACCAAGCUGCCCACGGAAAACUACCUCGUCGACGCGUUCGAUGAGCAGGGCGUCUCUGCUUCUGCACUAUCUGCUAAUGCCACCCUGUGUGCGCUCUUCGGGGCCUUCUUUCCACUCGCUGGCCCGUCGUUGAAUCACUCGCUCGGCUUAGGCUGGGGGAACUCCCUCCUUGCAUUUCUGUCGUUGGUAUUUUUGCCACUUUUUACUGUGCUGUGGUUAUAUGGAGAAGGUUUCAGGAAGUCGGGGUGGGGGUACCUCUGGAGGAGUAAUACUACUCCUAACUGCGUAGAAAUUUAAGUAGACAGGGACAUAGUAUACUACGGCGUUGCCUGUUUGGUAAGAUAUACUCCGUGGGAGAUAGUAUAUAGUCCAUAGUAGGAAGCUCAAGAGAUAUAA